AUGAGCGCAUUGUAGAAAUGAAAAAUUAAUUUCAAUUUGAUUUUGUCACUGUUACACUUGUCGUACAAUCAACUCGAUUACAAUUUUUCAAACAUAUAUAUCAACUAAUAUCAAAAUUAAUAGACAUUUACAAAGAAUAGGCAGUAUCGAUAGUUUUUAACGUUUCAUUGGUUAUGUGCACUAUCGACUGUUGAUGAAUCCUCGCCCACCAGUUCGCCGUUAUGCAAACCGAUAAGCAAAAUAAACACGAAUUCGUAACGUGAUAAAAAAAAUCCCAUUCAGAUGACAAGACUCUAGAAAUAAAACAUUUUGUUUUUCUCUUAAACGGUGAGGCUGUGUGUGGCUCUCUGCGGCAGACAGCAUGUAUAUGCUGGUUCGAGGAAGCGCACUUGUUCACCAACCACUAUUGCGGCAUAGCAGGAGAUGUAUAACACACCGAACAUUCUCAGCGCUUGUAACAAAGUCCCAAAUCUUGCCCAGAACUAUUUCAACAGAUUAUGGCAGAACGCUUGGAAAACGGUACGGACAUGGCAAGGGUGAGGCCAGUCAGGCCAACACCUUCAUGUUAUUGCGUUGGACCAAGCUGUUAUGGAGCAAAAUGUUUGGCAAGUAUCUGCUGGUCACCAAUGUGCUCGGAUCCGGCAUCCUGAUGGCAGUGGGCGAUGUAAUUGCCCAGGAGUACGAAUAUCGCCACGGCUUGAGUCAACAUAAUGGCUACGAUGGCGCACGUAUCUUUCGAAUGUUCGUGGCGGGAUCCGUACAGGGUCCGUUUCAUCAUUUCAUCUACAAUUGGAUGGAUCGCGUAAUGCCACAUCGCACCAUGAGGAACAUCAUCAAUAAGAUACUCAUCGAUCAGAUAGUUAUGUCGCCCAUCUGCAUAUUGUUAUUCUUCUAUACGGUAUGUUCUUUGGAACGGCAGACGCUACAGGCGACGAAUCAGGAGUUAAUUGGCAAAUUUCCAUAUAUAUAUCUGAUGGACUGGCUAACAUGGCCGGCAGCGCAAUAUAUCAAUUUUCGGUACCUGGACACCAAAUAUCGCGUCGCCUUCGUCAAUGUCUGCACGGCAGUUUACAAUGUGCUGAUGUCUUAUAUGAAGCACGACUUUGGCAUCCAUCUGCCCGACGAUGAGAUAGCCAAUGAUGUAAAAUUGCCAAUACAACCUCAAAGUCCAACCUCACUGUCGGAUGCAACAGAAACCAAGAGAUAAUUUUUAGCACCUUAAUAAAUUAUGUGAUAUUCAAGUAAAUUCAUAGCCACAUUUGUUAAGACUUCAUCGUUGUUUUUCUUUGUUAGUUUAAAACGUAAGCAAGAGGCUAUUAUCAAAAUCGAUAAAUAUUUAUGUAAACUUAAAAUAUUUACCAAAGACAGCAUAAAACUUAUAAAAGUAAUUGUAUUUAUUAAAUUGUAACUUGUACCUUGAUUGUGAAGCUGCACUUUCCUUUGCAGGCAGCAUUGGAAAUAGAGAUCUUAUGCACUAACUAGUAUAGGAAAGCACCGUUAUGUAACUGUUCAAAUGUACAUAUCAUAUAAAUAAUA